AUGGGGAACUAAGGGGAGCCACAGCCACUCGGCUGCUCCCCGGGAGCCGGGCCGGAGAGCUGGAGGGGGCCGUAGGACACGCCCAGCGGACCCCCGGACACCCACCGCACAGACGCCUCAGGUCAGAGCCUUCAACAUGGCAAGUGCCGAGCACCCUGGGAGCCCCGGAUGGACAGGACGCAUGGCCCAGAGCCGGGCAGCGGCCAAGCAGCAAGCGACAGCCAGUGGCCCGGAUCUCCCAUCUCCAGGACCUGAAGGGGACUCAGACCCCGACAGCAGCCUGAGUCCCAACUCCAGCAUGACCACGCGGGAGCUGCAGGAGUACUGGAGGAACGAGAAGGGCUGCUGGAAGCCCAUCAAGCUUCUCUUCGAGAUCUCCUCGGCCCACAUCGAGGAGAGAAAGUUCUGCAAGUUCGUGGUGUACCAGGUGGUUGUCGUCCAGACAGGGAGCUUCGACAGCAACAAAGCCGUCCUGGGGCGGCGGUACUCGGACUUCCAGGCGCUGCAAAAAAGCCUGCUCAAGACCUUCGGGGAGGAGAUUGAAGACGUGCCCUUCCCCAAGAAGCGCCUGGUGGGGAACUUCACGCAGGAGAUGAUCCUGGAGCGCAAGCUGGCCUUCAAGGAGUACCUGAGCCUGCUCUACUCCAUCCGCUGCGUGCGCAGGUCCCGCGAGUUCAUCGACUUCCUGACGCGGCCCGAGCUGAAGGAGGCCUUUGGCUGCCUGCGGGCCGGGCAGUACACCAAGGCGCUGGACAUCCUGCUGCACGUGGUGCCCCUGCAGCAGAAGCUGACCGGACACUGGCCCACGGCGGUGGUGCCCGCCUUCUGCGCCAUGCUGGUGUGCCACCGGGAGCUCGAGCGCCCCCUGGAGGCCUUCGCGGCCGGCGAGCAGGCCCUGGAGCGCCUGCUCGCCAGGGAGGGGCACCGCUACUACGCCCCGCUGCUGGACGCCAUGAUCCGCCUGGCCUACGCGCUGGGCAAGGACUUUGUGUCGCUGCAGGAGAGACUGGAGGACAGCCAGCUCCGGAGGCCCACCGCCCGGGGCUUCACCCUGAAGGAACUGGCCGUGCGGGAAUAUCUGUGAUGAGCGGCUCUGGCAAGACCCGCUGGGGAUCUGAGAUCACCAAGUCUGGGGUGCCCUUCGGAUGGGGAGAGCCACAUCGGGCCACGUGGGGCUCUGACUUGCGGGGUGCCCUUGGGCGAGCGCCUCGUCUGGCCCUCCAUUUCCCCAUCUGCGUUGAACCGAGGUUCUCCCAGACACCCUUAGAAGCCUCUGCUUGUGUCCCGUGUCCCAUGUCCCAUGUCCCUUAGACAUCAGGCUCACUUCAUCUCAGAACCGCCAACCCACUGCCGGGACCUGGACGGGAGGCUCAACCUCACCCCUGCUCCUCUUGGCAGCUAGAGCAGAGUUUUCCACCGCGAACCGCGGGCGCACCUACUCCACUUCUUCUCCUUCUGGGUCCUUUCUGUCUGCUCCCUCCCUCGCCAAGCUGCUACCUCGGCAAACAGCACAUAUUCCCACCCACUUUCCUAAGCACUUUGGUCUUCCUUCUUAGUGUCUGGACCCAAUCAGCAAACAGAAGGUGGGAAUAUUUGCUUUGGGCAAAUUGACCAGUAUGGGCCCGGGGUGGGCUGUCUGUCAUCCUGUGAAGGGUAGAAGCCAUCAUGUCGUAAGGCAUUUGUGGGGGGAAGGAGGGAGAGAGAAAAAGAUCAGCGUAAGAGAGAAACAUCAAUCAGUUGCCUCUUGCACACGCCCCAAGCAGGGACCAAACCCACAAGUGAGGCAUGUGCCCUGACUGGGAAUCGAACUGGCAACCUUUCACUCUGCAGAUUGACACCCAACUGAUUAAGCCAUAAGGCAUUUUUAAUAAGGACUGUUGACAGCUGUCCUCUAGUUAGGGUGAUAUAACUAGUGGCUUCCCCGGGUGAUGAAGGCAGCCUGAGGGAAGUGGGAGAAGUGCGCAGGGGAACCUGGCAGAACACUGACUGAAUGCUCACACCUCCCCAUCCGAGGCACAGCGUUCUUAGAGGUUCUCUGGCAGGUUGGCGUGACCCCAGCUGAAGUCCGCUGCCAGGAAAGGACACCGAGGGCCCCAAAGUGGAGCGGAGUCUGGACCAGUGACCUGGGGUCAACACUGGACCAGCUGUGGAUGGCACAGCUGGUGUGGGCCCAGUAUGUGUUUGAGGCUGGAGGCUCCUGGGGCCCUAAACCGUCUGGCUGAGCUUAGUAGGGCAAACUACAGAGGCUGUGACCUCGGAACCCUCAUGUGAGGCUCCACGCUGGCCUGGGCAGGAAGCUGGCUCAGCACAGGGGUACCCCAGCUGGGGACAAGCAUUCACUGAGCCGCACCCGAAUGCGCUUCAACAGUGACACUGUGUGGCAACACCAGGCUCUGUCCGGAAGGCUGGAAACUUGCUGAUACCUUGGAGCAGAGAAAGCCUUCAGGCCCCUCCCUCUGCUCCAGGGAGGAAGGGCAACUCGGGUCGGGAGGUGCUGGGCUUCUUGAGAAUUAAAGCGUAAGAUGAGA